GUCAGCGUAUUGUCAUAAUAUCGUAACAUGACAAAUAAUCAGUAUCGCCAGUUCCAAGGCCAAAACCUUUGAUCUUUACCAAUACCCUUUUAACUUUUGUACAUUGUUUCCCAUUUCUUCUCUUUUUGGGUUUUUUUUCUAAGUUAAAUUUCACAAUUUUCUUACUCCAAAAAGUUCUGUAUUUUCAGCUUCAACUUCUCUGAUCUAAUCCAAAUUCCAAAGAUAUGGCAAAUAAAACUUCCGAUCUUGUUGGGCGAGUAGACCCAGCUCAGAGUUUCAAUACUGAAGCGCUGCUUCGCUAUGCCUCUGCUAAUGUUGUUGGCUUCCCUACAAACCCUUCUCAAUUUACUGUUUCUCAGUUUGGGCAUGGUCAAUCAAAUCCCACUUUCCUCAUUGAGGUCCAUUCAGGAACCUUGGCAAAGAGAUAUGUGUUGAGAAAGAAACCUCAUGGAACUUUGUUGACAUCUGCUCAUGCUGUUGAGAGAGAGUAUAAGGUUCUACAUGCAAUGAGUACUCAUACGGUGGUUCCAGUCCCAAAAGUUUUCUGUUUGUGUACAGAUUCAAGUGUGAUCGGAACUCCAUUUUACAUCAUGGAGUACUUGGAAGGACGUAUUUUUAUAGACCCUAAGUUACCAGAUGUACAGCCUGAAAGAAGAAGGGUCAUAUAUCGUGCUGUUGCUCAAGCUUUGGCUGUUCUUCACUCUGCUGAUGUUGAUGCAAUCGGUCUUGGUAACUAUGGGAAGCGGACAGACUAUUGUAAGCGACAGGUAGAGAGGUGGGCCAAACAAUAUCUUUUGUCUACUGGUGAGGGUAAGUCCAGGAGAAACCCUAAAAUGUUAGAGCUGGCUGAUUGGUUGCGGCAACAUAUUCCCCUUGAAGAUUCCUCUGGGGCAACAGCAGGUCUAGUUCAUGGUGACUUUCGGAUUGAUAAUGUUGUGUUUCAUCCUAUUGAGGAUAGAGUUAUAGGUAUUCUUGAUUGGGAACUCUCCACUUUGGGUAAUCAAAUGUGUGACGUUGCCUACAGCUGCUUGGGACAUAUUGUGAACAUAGCAUCCGAAGAUAUAGAAGAGAAUAAUGGCUUUGAACUCACCAGCUUCCCUGAAGGAGUGCCUUCACUUGCCAAUUAUCUCGCAGAUUACUGCUCAGCAGCUGGAAGACCUUGGCCAGUCGAUCAAUGGAAGUUCUACAUUGCUUUUUCCUUAUUUCGCGGGGCUUCAAUAUAUGCUGGUGUACAUUCCAGAUGGAUCAUGGGUAAUGCUUCAGGAGGUGAACGUGCCCGGAGCACUGGAGAAAAGGCUGAUUCCUUCAUCAGAACUGCAUGGUCGUUUAUCCAAAGAAAAUCUGUUCUCCCUCAGCACCCUCCAACCGAGACAAGUUCAGAGCAUAGCCCAAAUCAAGGAAUGCCAGUGGGAGGGAGAUUUGUGCCCAGUGAGAAGGUUCAAAAGUUGAGGCAGAAAUUGAUAAAAUUUAUGGAGGAUCAUAUAUAUCCAAGGGAAAAUGAGUUUUCCAAGCUUGCACAGUCUAACAUGCGUUGGACGAUUCACCCAGAUGAAGAGAAAUUAAAGGAGCUGGCAAAAAAAGAAGGAUUGUGGAACUUGUGGAUACCAUUUGAUAGUGCUGCUCGGGCAAGAGAACUGAUCUAUGGCAGCAGAAAUGGUCUAAGCAAUAAUGAUUCUGAUAGAUUAUUGGGUGCUGGCCUUUCCAACCUGGAGUAUGGAUAUCUAUGUGAAAUUAUGGGUCGUUCUGUUUGGGCGCCGCAAAUUUUCAACUGUGGGGCACCUGAUACAGGAAAUAUGGAGGUAUUACUUCGGUAUGGGAAUGAGGUACAGAUGAAGGAAUGGCUUGUUCCCUUGCUUGAGGGAAAGAUACGCUCUGGCUUUGCAAUGACAGAGCCUCAAGUUGCAUCCUCAGAUGCCACCAAUAUAGAGUGUUCCAUUAAAAGGCACGGGGACUCAUAUAUCGUCAACGGGACAAAAUGGUGGACCAGUGGAGCCAUGGACCCCCGGUGCAAAAUUCUCAUUGUGAUGGGAAAAACUGACUUGGCAGCUCCAAAGCAUAAACAACAAUCCAUGAUCUUGGUGGACGUCAACAGUCCUGGUAUUACCGUGAAGAGACCGCUGACAGUAUUUGGUUUUGAUGAUGCCCCUCAUGGUCAUGCAGAAAUAUUAUUUGAGAAUGUACGUGUUCCAGCCAAUAAUAUCCUGCUUGGUGAGGGGCGUGGUUUCGAGAUUGCACAGGGUAGGUUGGGACCGGGAAGGUUGCAUCAUUGCAUGAGACUAAUAGGGGCAGCAGAUCGCGGCAUGCAGAUGAUGGUUCAAAGGGCCCUUCAGAGAAGAGCCUUUGGAAAAUUAAUUGCUCAACAAGGCUCAUUCCUUUCUGAUGUUGCUAGGUGUCGAAUUGAUCUGGAGAAAACCAGAUUACUGGUUCUGGAAGCUGCUGAGCAGCUUGAUCGGCUUGGAAACAAAAAGGCCCGUGGUACAAUUGCAAUGGCAAAGGUUGCUGCUCCGGAUAUGGCAUUGAAGGUGCUUGACACAGCAAUGCAAGUGCACGGAGCUGCUGGUUUAUCAGGUGACACUGUUCUUGCCCAUCUGUGGGCUACAGCUAGGACGUUAAGAAUCGCAGAUGGUCCUGAUGAAGUACACUUGGGGACAAUUGCAAAGAUGGAACUACAAAGAGCCAGACUAUAAUGAUAUAAAUCCUUUUCUACACCGUUGGAUGAUCCAAAUAGUUUGUUUGUAUAUAACCUCAACCUCUACCCACAACAAGAAGAGAAUAAUUGAUAAAUCCAAAUUAUUGGAAAAAGCGGGCAGAGAGCAUGAAUCAGAAGUCUAUAGAUCAUAAAGUAAAAUAAUCAUGGUGAAAAUGAGUAUAAGCAAUAUGGUGCUUGGAUUAUAUUAUUUGUAUUGGUCAAUAAUGGUGUCAGUUUGUGGCAGCUACCUAAAUCUUACCAACUGAUGUAUGCAUGAUCUCCAAGUUCUUUGAGAAUUCUGAGUUGCAACGUCUUGGUUUUUGCA